AUGGGAUCAGCUUCCUCUGCCGCAAACGCUUAUAGAGCUCAAAUACUCAUAAACACCAUGUUUAAGAGGAGAGGAAACGAUAUCGUCCACACAUAUAAACACGGUUUCACUGGUUUCGCAGCUCGUUUGACAGCGGAAGAGGCUAAAGUUAUAGCCAAGAAACCAGGCGUUGUGUCUGUUUUUCCUGACCCAAACUAUCAGCUCCAUACAACUCAUUCAUGGGACUUUCUCAAGUACCAAGAAGCAGUCAAGAUCGACUCAGGUCCACCUUCAUCAGCAGCAGCCUCAGGUGGAUCAUAUGAUACCAUUAUCGGUAUUCUUGACACAGGGAUAUGGCCAGAAUCAGAGAGCUUCAAUGACAAAGACAUGGGUCCAAUUCCAUCUCGGUGGAAAGGUACAUGCAUGGAAGCAAAAGACUUCAACUCUUCUAACUGUAACAGAAAGAUUAUUGGAGCAAGAUUCUACAAAAACCCUGAUGAUGAUUCAGACUACUUUACCACAAGGGAUGUGAUCGGCCACGGCACUCAUACCUCCUCCACCGCAGCUGGAUCAGUCGUGGAGAACGCGUCCUACUACGGUGUAGCCUCCGGGACCGCAAAGGGAGGCUCACCAAACGCAAGGAUCGCUAUGUACAAAGUAUGCAACCCCGGGGGAUGCUCUGGCUCCUCUAUCUUAGCUGCUUUCGAUGACGCAAUCGCUGAUGGUGUCGAUGUUCUUUCUCUGUCUCUUGGAGCUCCAGCGUACGCGCGCAUUGAGUUAAACACCGAUCCUAUCGCCAUUGGAUCAUUUCAUGCGAUGGAACAAGGGAUCUUGGUGGUCUGCUCUGCUGGUAACGAUGGACCUGAUGUCGGUACAGUUGUCAACACUUCACCUUGGAUAAUGACUGUUGCAGCAAACACCAUUGACAGAGACUUAGAGUCUGAUGUUGUACUCGGUGGCAAUAAAGUCAUCAAGGGCGAAGGAAUACACUUUGGAAAUGUUAGUAAAUCUCCAGUGUAUCCUCUGAUUCUUGGCAAGACUGCCAAGAACGCUGAUACUUCAGAAGGAACAGCCAGAAAAUGUGAAUAUGGUUCUCUAGAUCAAGAAAAGGUGAAAGGGAAGAUUGUGUUAUGCGAGAACGUGGAUGGAGAAUAUUUUGCAUCAAACGCUAGGGACGAGGUAAAGAGGAAAGGAGGUAUCGGUUGCAUCUUUGUAGAUGACAGAACAAGAGCUGUUGCUAGCGCUUAUGGAACUUUCCCUACGACCGUCAUUGACUCAAAGGAAGCAGCUGAGAUCUUCUCCUAUCUCAACUCCACCAAAGAUCCUGUUGCAACAAUUCUCCCCACUGUCACAGUUGAGAAGUUCACACCAGCGCCUUCUGUUGCAUAUUUCUCUUCCAGAGGUCCUUCAAGCAUCACAAGAAGCAUUCUCAAGCCUGACAUUACAGCACCAGGAGUGGCGAUACUAGCUGCUUGGACCGGAAAAGACUCAAGCAUUUCACUGCAAGGCAAGCCUCCUUCUCAGUUCAACGUCAUAUCAGGAACUUCCAUGGCUGCUCCUCACGUUACAGCUGUUGUAUCUCUCAUCAAAUCACAGCAUCCCACAUGGACUCCAUCUGCUAUCAAAUCAGCAAUCAUGACAACAGCGACUCAAACGAACAACGAGAAAGGUCUUAUAACAACAGAAACAGGCGCAACAGCAACACUUUAUGACACUGGAGCAGGAGAGCUAAGCACAACAGCAUCAAUGCAGCCAGGACUUGUCUACGAGACCACUGCUGUUGACUACUUGCACUUCCUCUGUUACUAUGGAUACAACGUAACCACAAUCAAGACUAUAUCAAAAGCUGUUCCAGAGAAUUUCACUUGCCCUGCAGAUUCAAAACUAGACUUGAUCUCAACCAUCAAUUACCCUUCGAUUGGAAUCUCUGGAUUCAAAGGAAAUGAGAGCAAGACAGUGAGUAGAACAGUGACCAAUGUUGGUGGAGACGGUGUGGCUGUUUACACAGUUAGUGUGGAGACACCACCAGGGUUUAGUAUUCAAGUGACGCCAGAGAAACUCCAGUUUACAAAAGAUGGUGAGAAGUUGACUUAUCAGGUGAUAGUCUCUGCUGCUGCUUCUGCUUCACUCAAGAAAGAUGUAUUUGGGGCUCUUACUUGGUCUACUUCCAAGUACAAAGUCAGAAGCCCAAUUGUAAUUAGUAGCGAGAGUAGCAGCACAAACUAA